AUGGGCCCGAAAAUUACUAGCGGAAGAUAUGGUAGCGUGCUACCAACAGCACCAUUUGCGGGAGAGAUUGAUGCUAUCAACAUACUUUUGAAAAAAGGCGCGGAGGUGAAUAAAGUUCUCAAAGCUGGGCGCCAUGGAACCGCACUGAUUGCUGCUGCUCCUAAAUCCAAAAACGUUGAUGCUGUCAAAUUACGUAUUGAACAGGGUGCGGUUGUGGACUUGGAGGCCAACAGCGGAUAUUAUGUUAGCGCGCUAGCAGUAGCAGCAAUCAGUGCAGUUCCAAAGUACCCGGCUUUGAGGACUUUAAGCGAAAGUGAACAAAGUCUCAAAGCUGGAUUGUAUGGCAGUGCCUUGGAAGCAGCCACAUGGAGGGGUGAUUGGGAAUUGGUCGAAGAGCUGAUCACAAAAGUAGUCGAUGUGAAUCUGCGAUCCAAGACGGGAAAGUAUGGCAGUCCCUUAGCUGUGGUAGCAUCCAUGGGUCGUAUACAGGUAGUAAGUGUUCUGUUAAAGGCCGGAGCAAUUAUCAGCCUCAGACUCGACCAUGGAAAUUAUCCUACUUAUCCUACGGCUCUUCAGGCUGCACACGCAGCACAUAAAGAGGAACAGAUUUCUGUUGUCAAAAAGCUCAUUGAAGAUGCGAUGACUAUGUUUCAGAAGGCUAUUGAGAGGGAGGAGAUGAGUAGUCAGAGUGAAGACUAG